UGCAUACACGGUAGGGCAUUGAAAUCGAAAUUAUCUUUAACAACAACCAAACAACUACGUCUCAAAUCGUUCGUACGUUGAGAGAUAUGGCCAAAAUGGUGAUGAUGAGUACGUUUUUCUUCAAAUCUAUUUUCAUCUUUUGGUACCGUUUUUUCUUCAGGCCACUCAAAAACCUCCAAAGAAGUGUUAGCAAUAUGAUCACAUUUGCAGCCCAUCAAUUCAAAUACCAGGGGUACGACUCUUUACUUCAUCGUAAUUCAAACCUCAAUGACCACGCUCUCCUCUUUGAUGUAGAAGGUGCAUUGUUGAAAUCUUCUUCAGUGUUCCCAUACUUCAUGCUCGUUGCGUUUGAAGCAGGAGGGCUCUUAAGAGCCAUAGUUCUGCUUUUGGGGUACCCUUUUGUUUGUUUAGUUGGUGAUGAAAUGGGGUUGAAGAUUAUGGUUAUGGUAUGCUUCUUUGGGAUUAAAGCAGAGAGGUUUAGAGUGGGAAGGACCGUUUUGCCGAAGUAUUUGUUGGAGGAUGUUGGGUUAGAAAUGUAUGAGGUGGUGAAAAGAGGUGGCAAAAAAGUGGGGUUGAGCAAGUUGCCAAGAGUGAUGGUGGAAAGCUUCUUGAAGGAGUAUUUGGAGAUUGAUUUUGUUGUGGGGAGGGAGCUGAAAGUGUUCAAUGGCUUCUACGUGGGGUUGAUGGAGGAGACCAAAACCAUGCAUGCUAAUUUGGAGCUGCUGGUUCGUGAAGGGAAAGGAAACUGUUCCCAUAUGAUUGGAAUUUCAGGAUUUCAUAAUCUUGACCAUUCCUUCUUCUCUAUAUGCAAGGAAGUGUAUAUGGUGAGGGAAGUUGAGAAGAAAAAUUGGCAAAACCUAGCAAGAGACAAAUACCCGAAGCCACUAAUAUUCCACGAUGGAAGAUUGGCACUGAAACCCACAGCACUAACGACUCUAGCCAUGUUAAUGUGGCUUCCUUGUGGCUUCAUUAUUGCGUUGAUUAGGGCCACGUCAGCACUCUCGCUUCCAUACAACAUCUCAACGCCCAUAUUGACAUUCACGGGGCAUCAUCUCACAACUUCAAGGCCCAAAACUACAGAGAAAGAAGAGAAAUUACUAAAAAAGGGACAUAUUUAUGCAUGCAACCACAGAACAUUGCUAGACCCUCUCGCUUUAUCGUUCAUGUUGAAUAGAGACCUAGUGGCCGUCACAUAUAGUUUGAGCAGAAUGUCCGAGAUACUUGCACCAAUCAAAACGGUGCGUUUAACCAGGAACCGAGACGAGGAUGCUAAGACCAUGAAAAGGUUGUUGAAACAAGGUGACCUAGUUGUGUGCCCGGAAGGGACCACGUGUAGAGAGCCAUAUUUACUAAGGUUCAGCCCUUUGUUUUCGGAAGUGUGCGAUGAAAUGGUCCCAGUGGCAAUUGAUUGUCACGUGACAAUGUUCCACGGGACAACCGCAGGGGGUCUUAAGUGCUUGGAUCCACUUUUCUUCUUGAUGAAUCCAACACCCCAUUACUCUGUUCAGUUGCUAGAGAAAGUGUCACCUUCAAUUACCACUAGUAAUGUUAUCAAUGAGGAUUUUGCGAGAUUUGAAGUGGCUAAUCGCGUGCAAACGCAGAUUGGGAAGGCCUUGGGAUUUGAAUGCACUCAACUUAAUAGAAAGGACAAGUACUUGAUUUUGGCCGGUAAUGAAGGUAUAGUUUCCACCACAAAGGCUGGUAAUUAAUAAAUAGAGUUUUUAUUUUGCUUAUACUUUGUUUAAAUCACCAAUAGUUAGGAACACCCUUAUUGUGAAGGAAAACAUAGACAAGGAGAAUACGGCAAAAAUGACUUCCCUUGCUUGUUGUCAUUAUUUUUUGGCCAUUUUUUUUCUUCGUUUUUAUAUGUUGUAAUGUAGAAGCAAUACUGAUUCAUAUAUAUCUUCUUGUUAAUUCA